UGCGUGUUAAGCUCCGCCCACCGCACCGCCAACCUGGCUGGUCUACUCAGGUGAGGUCGGCACAACAAAGCAGAGCUCGUUAAUCCAGCGAAGGUGUUCAUUAUCCUGCACGAGGACUACAGGGAACACUGAAAGAGCUUCGUAAUGGAAAGGAGGCUCAAGUCGAGGCGGUCUGAGAUUCUCUCCCAGCAGCACACCAGCCUGGCUUCUUCGACCGAAUCCUACAGGACGAGAAUGUCGUCUGACAAGAAGAACUUUAUCGCGACUCUUAACCCGGCUCAGCUUUCACUGCGAAAGAAUGGUGUCUCCAAUGGGGGAGUCAACUUACAAAAUUCAUUCAGGAUCAAGCAUGGAUUUCCUUCUUCCACACAGGGAAACGGGUCUAAUUUGGGUAACCUCUCCUCAAAAAGCACCCAACCUUGGAAAAUAUCCGGAAGGUCGCCCAUGUCCCCAACAGCCAGUAUGGACCGGUCCGGUCCCAGUACACAUCUCCAGAGGGCGCCCUUAGGCUUUGAUUGCAACCAUUUACGGACUGUAGGUGCGCUUGCAGAUUGCCCUGACGACUUGAAUCUACAGCACCGGUCCUUUGUCUCUGAGACGUCCCGCAGCACACCCACCCGAGCAUCCGCGCAUCGAUCUGGGAAGUCCAGAACCAACUCAUUCACUCCUCAGUCAGUAAGAACAAAAAAUCUGUCUGGAUCUGUGGCGGGACAGCACAGCCUUAGAAAUGGACAGAGUCAGAAACACAGUUUGGUAAAACCUGGUACACAAAUGGUACAGCGGCUUGGAUCCACCCCCAUGGACAGAGGUUUAUCCCGACAGGCUCAAAUAUCGCAGAGACGGGAACCAGGCAGGUCCAUCAGCGCCAACUGUUUCACCAACAGGCAGGAUGUAAAGACAAUGAAGAAUCAAGCACAGCAAUCGGCUGAAAAGCCUCCAGAGAUGACAAUUAAAAGGGCCGUAGAGCUUCUGGACAAGCUAAAUGAGGAAGAACUGAUCAGUGCCGCCGCAUACAUUCAGAGACAAUGUUUCAGAAGAGACGAAGCCAAAGUUGAGGUGCACAGGGAGCAAGGAGCUGAAAAGCUCGUACGGCUACUCAAAACCGACAACGAAGAGGUGCAGCGCGCCGCAGCAGCAGCCUUGCGUAAUGUCGUCUACAAUAACGGAGGCAACAAGAAGGAGGUGACGGACGAAAAUGGCCUCACCAUCGUCCUGAACUUACUGGACAAGACCCACGAUAAGGAGACCGUAUGCCAACUUGCAGGUGUCUUGUGGAAUCUGUCUUCAGUUGAUGCGAUCAAGAAUCUUUUUAAUGAAAAUUUCCUAAAUGUCCUGACAAAGGUGAUUUUGGUGCCCUUUUCUCACAUAAAUGGAGAGGCAGAAUCCAAACGUGAUUUGAUCGCUGAUCCCAACGCUUUCCUCUGCGCUACAGCCUGCCUACGGAAUCUGAGCUCUGACGAUAACCACAGGAAGAAUAUGAGGAGUUGUGAAAAUCUCAUCGACUCACUGACUUCCUAUACUACAGAGGCUGCAACCAAAGGUACACCUGAUGACCAGCUCACAGAAAACUGUGUCUGCAUCCUUCAAAACUUGACCUAUAAAGCUGAGGAAGACUGGAUCCUCCAAACCGCCAAAAUUACGGAAGAGACUCCCAAAGAGACGACUUGCAGCUGUUUUCCUUAUCGUCGCACCAACCUCGAAAAGGAUGCGAAGGACAAAGAGAAAGCAGAGACGAUGUGCCUCCUGCAGAAUAACGAAGACCCACUUGGAGUUAAGUGGCUGUGGAGCGGGCAGCUUGUACGGGCCUAUCUGUCGCUGUUGGCCUGCAGCACAAACAAAAUGACGCUGCAGGCCGCCAUGGGGGCGCUGCAGAACCUCACAGUGAGGAAGGGAGAGAUCUCCGAGUCCGUCGCUCGAAUUAUCGAGGAGGUAAAAGGACCUCAGAAAAUUAAGACUGUUUUAGAAAACAACAUUACGCUGAAGAAACCAGCCUUGCUUCUGAUGAGGAACCUCUCCCGCUUUCCAGAGCUUCACUCCUCCAUCUUUGAUAAUUUGGUGGCGACCGAAACCACAAAAUCCCUUUUAUACCGUUUGGACAUCAGUGCAGAAGAAUCUGCUGAGCUGAUGCCGAUUCUGUGUCGGAUCCUCAUAAACCUGAGCAAGAACAACGUGCAAUUGGCCAAGCGGCUUAGCCGUGAAACGGCCGUGAAUGAUAUGUUACAGAAGAAAUAUGAAGGUAAAGCUAAAGAGGCGGUGGAGGAGCUGAGGGACACGUUGCCCCGCAGAAGUCUUCACGAACGUCUAAAAGAGGAUAAAACCAAAAAACGCCAAAAUUCUUUACAACUGCUACCAAAGUCACUGCAGUGUCGUAAUGGAGCUAAACAUGAGAAAAUCCCGUCCACAAAAGGAUGUACAAAACGCCAUUAGUUUUUUUUUUUUAUUACUUUUAUUACUUUUUAUUGUAGUGCACAAAGAAAUAUGGGAUGAAAUGUUCAAAUUAUUUAUGCCUUUUCAAGUCUGAGUCAUGGAGAUGAUAUCAAAGCACUUUUUAGGCAACCACAAUGAAGUAAGCAAGUAUUCCUAGCCACUGUUCCACUGCCUUAUGGUUUGAAGAAAUUUAGCAGACUUGAAUUAUUUCUGGCAAAGAUAAUGCCAGCUUUUUUUUUCUUUCUAAAAAGCAUACUUUUUUUAUAUUGUAUAAACUUAGCACUUUCUGUGACAAUGCUGUGAAGAAUAGCAGUAAAACAAAUUAAAUCAACAAAUUGACAAAAAAAAAACAUUCUGUAGGUGGGAAGAAAUGUCAUUACUGAAUAAUACAUGAAGUGUAAACUGUUCCAAAAUGUAUUUUUAAUUGUAAUUUUUUUGUGUGUGAAAAUAAACAUUUAUGAAUGCA